AUGCACGGCUCUAGAACUUUGAGUAACAUCGCUCGGAGGUUUGUCCGCUACCAAUCGGUCAAGGCAAGCAGCCGUCUGCCUAAUGCAGCAGAGCCGCCAAUGUUUACGUUGGCUACAAUACGUGCUUUUCCUUCUCUAGAACCCAUGUCAUUUGUGCCGGUGCCCACGUCGGUGCUGGGAGCUCCACUCAGAAGAGAUUUGCUAUGGCGAGCAGUUGUCUACGAAAAUGACAAUAAGCGUGUUGGGUCCUCCAACCCACCAGGAAGAAGUGAAAAUGGGUUUUCAAGGCGCAAGGUGCUACCCCAGAAGGGCUCUGGACGGGCCAGAGCAGGUGAUGCCAACUCACCCACUAGAAAUAACGGUGCCAGGGCACUCGCAAGAAACGCUCCAAAUGACUAUACUACAGAACUUCCACGCAAGGUAUACUCUCUGGCCUUUAACAAUGCUUUAAGCUAUCAAUACAAAAGGGGAAACCUGUUUGUCAUUGGAGGCGACGAUUCAAUGUCCACUGUCAAUGACCUUGACUUCACCAAACUUGAUAUAUCACCAACAGCUGAGAGCACCGGCGACGUUAUUUUCGAAAAAUUCAUGCAGGAAUAUGGUUUAGGGAAGAAAAAACUACUGUUUGUCAUCAACGAACCAAGAGAAGGGCUGUUCGAAUUCACUGAAAAGUUUAAGGACACAGUAAACAUUGUUCAAAAGGAAUUUGUUGAUGUGAAUGAUUUGUUAAAGGCUCACAGAGUCUUAAUUGAAUUGGAUGCCUUGGAGUAUUUGGCUGUCACGCAUUCUCUCAGAUAA